UUUAAAUCUCUUAUUAUAGGCUUCACAAAUCUUCUGUUUUCAAAAAUAUAUAAAUCACACUUUUCGAGGGUGAACCAGAACCACCCAUGUCCAAAAUCUAAUGCCCUAACAAGCGAAGGUCUAUUACAUGUCAUUAAAUUACUAAAUUUGGUAUGAUGCAAUUUCAGAUCUCCGAAGGAACUUUUAUCAAUCCUUUGUCAUGGCAUAAUAAUAUGUGUCUUAUUUUCAGUUUUACAAGGUCUUUUCUUACUAUCUGAGUCUUUGAAGAUCUGUUUAGUGAGGCAUGUCUUCUUACAACACUUGUAGUAUCCGGCUUAGGUAUUUUCGCCUUGGAACCUUUCCAUCAGCGAGUCUACCAAAAUCAUAUUACUAAUGAUUUUAUAUAAUGGUCUGGAAAUACUUAAACUGUUAAAAAUUGAACCUUUAUUGAAUCACCAAUGGAGCCAAAAAUAUUCCUAGAAAUCGACAAGAUGGAAAGACCGUGGCCAAAGCUUAUCAAAUACCGCCAAUUUGGCGCGAAAUCUCUAAAUUUGACAACCCUGGCAAUAUAACGACAGGCAAUUGACCAAUUGACAUAUCUUAUCGUUUUUCUAUGGUAUUGUUCUGUGACUUAUUUCUUUCAACUUUUUCCGAUUCUAAUUUUGUAAAGCUUCCUGAAAGUGAAUAAAUAGAAUGGAUAUUCAGUGUCUAAAUACAAUAGAAUGUAAUCAGGGUGCAGUGCGAGCAGUCAGAUUCAACGGUAAGUGGUGUAAGCACAAAAAAAGGAAGUAAAAGCACAGAGCGUAAAUAUCCCGUUCUCCUUCAAAAUAACGUGCAGGUCCGUACUCAUUAAAUUUUCAAAUACCUGUAAUGCGAUCUUUCAUAAUAUGAAAUGCCAACAUUACGUGUGCUAAAUAAGCAUCCAUUGGGAUAAAACUUACAGAAUAACUGCUAAAAAAACUAUAAAUAUAAUCUUAAUUCAUUAUUCUAGUUGACGGUUGUUAUUGCUUGACUUGUGGAUCAGACAAGAAAUUAAAAUUAUGGAAUCCAUACCGCAGCCUAUUAUUGAAGACAUACGGGGGUCAUGGCAAUGAGGUUUUGGACGCAUGUGGAUCUUGUGACAGCAGUCGAAUUGCCUCUUGCUCUUCAGACAAAACUGUCAUUACAUGGGAUGUGUCUACAGGACAGUCAAUAAGGAGGUUCAGAGGGCAUGCUGCCAGUGUCACAUGCCUAAAGUAUAAUGAAGAGUCUACAGUUAUUGUGACAGGUAGCCAAGAUAAUACAGUGAUGUGCUGGGAUGUAAAAUCUAGAUCACAAGUACCAAUUCAAACUCUGAAAGAGGCAAAAGACUGCAUCACUUCCUUACAGGUUACUGAUCAUGAAAUCCUGGUAGGAUCUGUAGAUUGCUCUGUCAGAAGGUAUGACUUGAGGAAAGCAGGCUGUGAGGCAGAUUUUGUUGGAGCUCCAGUAACAUCUGUUUCAUUUUCGCAUGAUGGUCAGUCAAUAUUGGUUGGCUCUGCUGACAACACAUUGAGACUCCUUGAUAAAAAUACCGGAGAGCUACUGUCUGAGUAUAUUGGCCACAAAACCGAAGAUAUGCAGAUAGAGAGUGCAAUAAUAACGAAUGACAACUUUGUUCUUUCCGGAUCCAAAACAGGAGAACUCUUUUGUUGGGAAUUGGUUAGCGCAGAAGUAAUUAAAAAGUUUAUUCACAUUCCCAGAAAGGUCUUAAAUUCUUUAAGCAUUCAUCCGAGAAAAGAUGUUGUUUUAACUGCAAGUGUGGGCAGCAUUAAACUGUGGGGAGACGCAGAUGACGUCAAAAUGGAUAAAAUGGAGGAAGGAUGAAGAUUGUCAUGUCAUGUAGAAUACAAAUUUAGUGUAAACUGGAAUUAUACGUAAAUAUUGUAAGAAUCAAGAGAAUGAAUUUUAUGUGCACUGGUAAUAUAUUUUUUUUAGUUUGUAAACCGUGGUAUAUAAGCAUUUCCUAACUAUAGUUUUAAUUGUUGAUAGUUGAUCAUGGACCAAGGAAUCAACACUUCUUUUGAGCCUAUAUAAGUCGUGUAAAUACUGAUGUUGGCCAUGCGCAAACCUUGUGUUAGCCACGAGAAAAAGUAUUUUUUACUUGCAGAAAUAUCAGAAUAAGCGUUCACGUACGAGUUACCUGAAGCCGACUCUGUGCAUUUUGUCAAUUUUGUAAUAUACAGAACCUCAAACUGGAUACACGUGCAGUACACCAUAGAACCAUAGAAGUGACAGAACUUAUGUUUUUGUAGGUUAUAAAUUUAUAACCUCAGCUCUGAAAAUUAGUGGUGGUUGUAAAUGUUGAUUUUCGUGUAAAAUAAUCUUAAUACAAGUACAGAAAAGUUUAUAACAAUGCCUAAAGUGCGCAGUACAACUGGGGCCCCGCGCAAGCAGGGCUUCAACAAAUCCAACCAUUCUAUGAACCCCGAAAGAUCCAAAGAAGGCCUCAAGGGGGUUGCGAAGGUGCGAACGAAGGGUACCAUCAAAAGGUUGCAGAUGUAUAGAAACUUCAAAGCUAAGAGAGACAAGACUGGAAAGAUUUUAACACCUGCCCCCUUUCAAGGAUGGUUGCCAUCUGGAACUAUGGCUAGAGUUGAACCAAAUCAAAGAUGGUUUGGGAACAGCAGGGUCAUUUCACAGAAUGCAUUACAAAAAUUUCAAACAGAACUUGGUGCUGCAGUUAAAGAUCCCUACAAAGUUGUUAUGAAACCUACAAAUUUACCCAUUACAUUGCUCAAUGAGAAAGCUAAAAAUGCUAGGGUUCAUCUAUUGGAGACUGAGAGCUUUGAAAGUGUCUUUGGUCCGAAGAAAAGCAGAAAAAGGCCCAAUAUAGCUGUGAAAGGAAUGGAAGAGCUAAAGGAACUGUCAGAAAAGAGAGUCGAUGAAUAUAGUAAUGAAAAGGAUUCAAAUAUUGUUAGAGAUAAUGAAGGUGUAAAAGAGUUACCUAGAGAUUGGGUAAUGGGUGCUGGCCAGUCUAGGAGAAUUUGGAAUGAAUUAUAUAAGGUCGUUGACAGUUCUGAUGUACUUCUGCAGGUGCUGGAUGCUAGAGAUCCUCUAGGCACCAGGUCUGCUUAUUUAGAGAAGUACCUGAAAACAGAAAAGCCACAUAAGCACCUAAUUUUUAUAUUGAAUAAAGUUGAUUUAGUGCCAACAUGGGUAACUCAACGUUGGGUAGCCAUUUUAAGUAAAGAUUAUCCAACAGUUGCUUUCCAUGCCAGUUUGACACAUCCAUUUGGUAAAGGGUCUCUAAUCAACUUACUUAGACAAUUUGCAAAAUUGCAUAUUGACAAAAAACAGAUAUCAGUAGGAUUUAUAGGAUAUCCGAAUGUGGGCAAAUCUUCAAUUAUAAACACCUUAAGGAGCAAAAAAGUAUGUAAAGUAGCACCAAUUGCUGGUGAAACUAAGGUAUGGCAAUACAUCACUUUGAUGAACAGGAUUUACCUCAUAGAUUGUCCAGGAGUGGUGUAUCCUUCUGCUGAAACAGAUACAGAAAAGGUGCUUAAAGGGGUGGUUAGAGUAGAAUUGGUGAACAAUCCUGAAGAUUACAUUGGAGCUGUUUUAGAAAGAAUUAGACCAGAGUAUGUAAAGAAAACUUACAAAAUUGAAGAAUGGAAUGAUCCUGAACAUUUUCUAGAACAGAUGGCUAAACGAUCUGGAAAGUUGCUUAAAGGUGGAGAACCUGAUAUACCAAGUGUUGCUAAAAUGGUGCUCAAUGAUUGGCAAAGGGGCAAGCUGCCAUUUUAUUGCUGUCCUCCUGGAUUUGAGGUACCACUCAACAACAGAGAAAAAGGGCAAAAGUCUCUUGAAGUAGUACAGGACUUUGGAAAGAUUAGAGUGGGACAUACAUUUGAAGGCGAUGACGUCAAAAAACUGGAACCAAUCAAAAACUUAGAUAAGGCUGAGUCAGAGUUUUCUGAGGAGAAGUCUGAAAUUGGCGAAGAUAGUGACAGUGAGAUAGAUGAAGAGGAGGAAACUGAAAUAGAGCAAACUGGCAAGGUGAAUUCAGAAGAUGCAGAAAUUAAGAAGAAGGGAAAGGGUAAUGGAAAUAGAGUGGAGCAUAAAGGAGAACAGGAAAUUGACUACAAUGAAGAUAGUGAUGACUCAGGCUCUGACAUUAGCUUUUAUUCAGAUAUGGAGACAGAAGAUCCAGAUAAACUUUAUGCUGCAAGUGGAGUGUUUGAGGUGGAAGAUUUAGGCAAAAAGAAAACAGGUGCAAAGAAUGUACAAUCCGGAGAAGGGAAAUCGGAAAAGAAAUUGACUAGCAAGCAGAGGAGAGCAAUUGAAAGGGCUCACAAGAGGAAAAAGAUUGGAAGCAAUUUCUAUGAGGUGACAAAUGUCAAAAAUAGAAACAGGAAUAGGAAAAAAGUGAAAGCAUGAUUCAAUAGGUUGUUGAAGAGGAACUGAGUUUAUGUAAGAAUAUUUGUUGUUAUUGUCCAACAGUAUAUUUAUUAAUAAAACAUAACAAUGUUAUAACAAAAAA